AUGAGCGAACUGAUCUCAGCACAUUUAAUUGAUCAUUUUGUGCCUUUUCUACCGCUGGAAAGGCGGCACAUUCUGCUCUGUGUGCGUGAUUAUAUGCUUUCCCAUAAUUUCACUGUGACGAACGACCGGCUCACUGCGAUUGCUAAUUCGUUACAGUACUUCCCAAAAACAAAUCCAAUUUAUUCGUCAUCCGGAUGCAAGCGAGUAGCCCAGAAAACUGAGUUGUACAUGUCCGCCGAGCGAGAAAAAAUUCGACAACGUUUGGAGCCUGAAUCAGAUGAUGAGUUGUGA